AUGGACGGUCACUUCUCAAACAGCCAACUCGGUUUCAUCAUGUUUCUUUGGGCGAUUGUGGGUCUGUUCCUCGGCGGGGCCCUGGGCCAGGACUGCGGCGGGAUCCUCACCGACUGGCAUGGGGUCGUCUCCUCGCCCGGUUACCCGAGCCAUUACCCGCCCGAUGCGGUUUGCACCUGGAAGAUUCGAAUGCCGUUGAGUCGGAAGAUCGUCGUGACGUUCACCGACUUCAAGCUGGAGGAGACGCCGGACUGCCUCGGCGGAGACUACCUGGCCAUCACGGACGAGGAGGCGGACGAUGUUCACGUCCACUGCGGCCAAAACGUGCCGGGGAUGAUGGAGUCAGUGGGGAGCACCCUCCUCGUCCGAUUCGAGUCCGACGCGGACGACGAGGAAGGAUUCGGGUUCCAGAUGACUUAUGUGACGACGUCGAGGUGCGAGGAGGGGUGGCUGGGCCACGGGGAUUACUGCUAUUACUUUUCCGAGGUGGAGAUGGGGUUUAACGAGGCGAGGGAUGAUUGCUUGGCGAAGGGGGCUGACCUGGCCAGUGUGCACAGUCGCGAUGAGCAGGUUUUCCUUCAGGAUCACGUGAGAACAGGGACCAUGUGGAUCGGUGCUGUCACUAUCGGAGAAGGGUUAGUUGCCGAUCCUUUCAACUUUGACUUCCUCGAUGGGUCGGCUGAAGACUAUCAAAACGUUUAUAAAUUCGAAGUGCACCAUACUUUCGAGAAUCUUGGUGUUGGAAUGAUAAUGGCUCCAGACUUAUGGAAAAAUCGCAAUUGUAUGGAAACGAGGCCGGUUCUCUGCACAUCGACCGAGAACCAUGGAAGUGAUUGGUUGCAAAUUGGUCUUCUCUACUAUCACGCGUCGGACGCAAGAUUGACAUUUGACGACAGUCGGGAUUACUGCGUGUCCUUCCCCAAUUCUGACGUCCUCAUCAUCGGAGAUAGCGAAGAGAAAGCAAAAAAUGCUUCCUGGUUUUUCGAGUCCGAGGACAUCCAUCCCCUCCCGAAGAGCAGCGAGUAUUGGAUCGGCCUGGUCCGUGGCGAAGGCGGAAUCUGGUCGUGGAUCGACGGGUCUCCCGUCUCGCUGGAUCGAUGGGAGCAGGGAUUCCCCACCUCCGAGGGGGGUGGGUGCGGCGUCAUGGCGACCUCCUCGUGGACGGACGACGAUGAUACCACCCAUUCCUACGUUUGCAAGGCGGGGCCAAAGUGACUUCUCCGUGCAGACGAUUUUAUCGAUACUCCUCAGCCGGUCACGAUCCGCUUCGAAGAUGCUCAUUUGACCGAGUAGCCAAAUUUUAGGUCUUUGAAAUGUGUAGUGUUUCCAGUGAAGCCUUUCUCAAGCAGUAUUGGCGCCUCUUCAUCCGAGAAUGCAGAAACCGUAAAUAAAAUAAUUGAAACAAAUUAAAAAAACACAAUCCUCGCGUUUUCUUUUCUUCACUUACUCAAGAAUUCGGGGCUUCAUUAAGUCGACUCUCCCUCUCUCUCUCUCCCUGCAGAUUUCCCCUUCCCAGGAAAGGAAUGUUAACUUUCAGCUUCGUCAGGAGUAGUGAGCUUUUCUCGGAAUUUCUUCACACCAACGAAUAACGAACACCAGACUUUUACCACAUACACUUCGCUGCUUGAUGACAUUAACCGGGUUCAAUAAGAAAAGGAGAAACAGUAAAUGACAUUUAAAAAAAAGAACUCCAUGAUUGAAUUGUUCAUUUAUUAAUUCCUCAUGGUACAUUGAUGAACCAUUUGGGCAUUAAAUCAAUUUUCCCAAGCUU